AUGGCUUUCUUCUGUAAACCAUCAACAACUCCCCAACUUCAUUCAUCGAUCUUCUUUUUCUUGAUUCUUCUUCUACCUAAUACAACAAAUUCAGUCUCCUUUAACAUCCCAGGUUUCCAACAAGAUGAUCCUCGAAUACGUUGCGAAGGCGAUUCUCACCUAGGCCAUUAUAAUGAAAUUGAACUCACCGGGAAUUCAGCCGACUGUACUACAAACAGUGUUGGUCGUGCUGCCUAUUCAGAACCUAUACAACUAUGGGAUUCAAAGACUGGUAUGCACACCAAUUUUGACACACACUUCUCAUUCAUCAUCAAAAGCAAAAACAGAGCUUAUGGUAACGGUAAUGGUAUCACAUUUUUCCUUGCCCCAUUCGGGUCUCCACCUACUCCAGAUUCUCGAAUUGUUGAGGUUGAGUUUGUAAGUUUCAAAGACGAAUUCGAUCAUUAUGCUGAUCAGGUUGGCAUCAAAAUUAAUCCUGAUGAACCUGUGGCUAUGCUGGCUAAUAGUAUUAUGGAUGGAAGACAAACUAAUGCCUGGGUAAGAUACAAUGCGACUACAAACAACCUGACUGUUUAUCUAACUCCCAUCGAAAAUCCUGAUUUCAGUGACAAGUCCACUUUAUAUCAUAUUGUUGAUUUAAGCAAGGUCCUACCAGAGCAGAUUACUGUUGGAUUUAUGGCCACCAGCUUUGGGAUUCAAAGUCUUAAAGUGAUAUCCUGGCAAUUCAAUGGAUAUGCGACCACCAGUUUUGGGAUUAAAAGUCAUAAAAUGGUAUCCUGGCAAUUCUAUUCCAGUCCGAAAAUUGGCAAGUCUAUUUCGAUUAGAUUCGUAGCGGGUCUUGUUAUUGGAAUUGGCGGAACUUGUGCCCUCAUUUUUAUCUUUUUGUUGAUCUGGUUGACGAUGAGGCGGGGCAACAAACAGAAUAAUGAGGAGGAGACGACGAAUUCCGAGGUGUCUAUGGACAACGAAUUUGAAAAUGGAACAGGUCCGAAGAGAUUCUGGUACACCGAACUGGUUCACGCAACAAAUAACUUCGACGAGGGAGGAAAACUUGGACAGGGGGGAUUUGGUGGUGUUUACAAAGGUUUUUUGAGUGAUCUAAGCUUGAAUGUGGCCGUUAAGAGGGUCUCCAGAGGAUCCAAACAAGGGAAGAAAGAAUACAAGUCGGAAGUAAAGAUUAUCAGUAAGUUGCGGCAUAGAAAUCUUGUUCAACUUGUCGGUUGGUGCCACGAACGAAAUGAACUGCUUCUCGUGUAUGAAUUCAUGCCAAACCGGAGCCUCGAUAACCAUCUAUUUCGAGCGGAAACUCUUCUCACUUGGAACGUCAGGUACAAAAUAGCUCUUGGUUUAGCUUCUGCCUUGCUAUAUCUACAUGAAGAAUGGGAACAAUGUGUACUUCAUAGAGAUAUUAAAUCAAGUAAUGUAAUGUUGGAUUCAAAUUUUAAUGCUAAACUUGGUGAUUUCGGUUUAGCAAGGCUAGUUGACCAUGGUUUAGGUUCUCAAACCACGAAGCUAGCCGGAACCAUUGGUUACUUGGCACCUGAAUGUUUUUUGACACGUAAAUCAAGCAAGGAAUCUGAUGUUUUUAGUUUUGGAAUCGUCGCACUUGAGAUUGCUUGUGGUAGGAAGCCAGAUGAUGCAACUCCGGGGCUUUCACUCGUAGAGUGGGUUUGGGGUCUCUAUGGAAGAGGUAGGAUCGGUGAAGCAGCAGAUGGAAGGUUAAACAUGGAAUUCAAUGAGAUAGAAAUGGAGAAGUUAUUGGUUGUAGGAUUAUGGUGUGCUCAUCCAGACUAUAAAUCAAGGCCUUCGGCCACUCAAGUGAUUAAUGUUCUUAAAUUUGAAUUUCCAUUGCCUAAUCUUCCACUCGAGUUUCCAACUCCAGUAUAUCUUCCACCAUCACCAGGUGUACUUGAUUUACCGUCAUUUGCCAGUUUUUCCGAUACAAUCACCGGAAGAUAG